AUGACGCCGAAAGACUCGACGCGGGUCGCCUCGGUGGCUCGGUUGAACAAAGAUGGACUAGGAAACCGAUCACUUGCCGAAUGGUGGGCGAAUGAACAGAGUCAAAAUACCCCCGAAGCGACGGCGAUUUCAGAAGCCGCGCAGCUUCUACAGACGAGCGAUAUCCCCGUUGCCUUCCCUACCGAAACAGUAUACGGUCUAGGCGCUGAUGCCACACGGAGCGCUGCGGUACAGGGCAUAUACAAAGCGAAGCAGAGGCCGUCUGAUAACCCCCUUAUUGUUCAUAUCGACUCUCUGGAAAUGCUAGACAGACUUCUCAACCCAACGCCGAAAUCUCCAUGUGGCACGAAGACGGCCCAGAACACUAUUCCUUCUAUCUACGGGCCAUUAAUUGAGCGAUUCUGGCCUGGCCCUCUUACCAUACUACUUCCGAACCCGUCAGGCUCGUGUCUCGCUCCGCAGGUCACAUCCAAUCUUACAACAUUCGGCGUGCGCAUGCCUUCCUCGCCUCUCGCUAGGUUGUUGAUACAUGUUGCGGAUCGGCCGUUAGCUGCUCCUUCAGCGAAUGCGUCUACAAAGCCGUCACCGACGGCAGCGGAACAUGUGUUCCAUGAUCUUCACGGCCGAAUUGAGUUGAUUCUCGAUGGUGGGCCCUGCGGUGUGGGCGUCGAGAGUACGGUUGUUGACGGAUUAUCCAACCCUCCCAGCAUCCUCAGACCCGGCGGGGUAGGGAUCGAAGAACUACGGAAAUGUCCUGGGUGGGAAAAUGUACAGCUUGGAUACCAAGACGGUACACUAGAUGUGAAAGAGGUUCCUCGUGCGCCGGGGAUGAAGUACCGGCACUACUCGCCUAAAGCCCGGGUGGUUCUUUUCGAAGCCGGUUCGAAUGCGCAAGGUGUUGUGAGCCAUGUGAAGCACGACCUCGAGGAUACAGCCAUUGGCGCACAUUCAAUCGGUAUCGUGCGAACGCGCACGUGGAAGCGAGGUUUGCAGCUCUUGCCGGAAGAGGAUAUCGAGAAGACGUCGAAGACCAUCCCGUCACUAGUCGAUAAUUUGGUGGAGUUUACUAUAUCCGUUGGGGAUAAAAAGAAAGACGUUUUUGACUGUCAUCUGGGGUCUGAACCUGAAGGUGUUGCAAGGGGAUUGUUUGCAGCUUUACGGGCGAUGGAUGAAAAAGAAGUAGAUGUAAUUUAUGUUGAGGGCGUGUCAAAUGAGGAAUAUUUGGCUGCGGCGGUGAUGAAUCGGUUGCGAAAGGCGGCUGGGUCAACCUUCAAGGUCUAG